ACCAGCCAACACAUACACCAGAUUCUUACCAACAGAGAAAAAAGGCCUCCUCUAUAAAUCAUCCAUCCUCUUCUUCAUCCAUCUUUCGCUCUCAGAAUCGUCUUCGAGUCUCUGUUUCAUAAAUAUUAAAAAUAAAGAAGAAGAAGACGAAGAAGAAACAGAGCAUUAAAAAUCUUCAUAUUCUUCUUCUUCUCCAAUUCAAUGGCUCUUCCGUUGCCAUUGAUCUUCCUUAUCUUCUCUAAUUUGUUCGUUUCUGGAGUUAGAUCUACGAGCUUCAUAAUGGUGAACAAAUGCGAAUACACAGUGUGGCCUGGACUUUUAUCAAACGCCGGAGUUCCACCACUUCCGACGACCGGAUUCGUACUUCAAAAAGGCGAAGAACGAACAAUUAACGCUCCAACUUCAUGGGGAGGAAGAUUCUGGGGAAGAACUCAAUGCUCCGCCGACACCGACGGAAAAUUCACUUGCCUCACCGGAGAUUGCGGAUCCGGAACCAUCGAAUGCUCCGGAUCCGGAGCAGCACCACCAGCAACACUAGCGGAAUUCACACUCGACGGAUCUAAUGGUCUCGAUUUCUACGACGUAAGUCUCGUCGACGGUUACAACGUCCCGAUGCUAGUGGCUCCACAAGGUGGCUCUGGUUUAAACUGUAGCAGCACCGGAUGCGUUGUAGAUCUGAACGGUUCGUGUCCGUCGGAGCUUAAAGUGACGAGUUUAGACGGCGGAGGUAAACUAUCUAUGGGAUGUAAAAGCGCGUGUGAAGCUUUUCGUACGCCGGAGUAUUGUUGCAGCGGCGCGUACGGUACACCUGACACGUGUAAACCGUCGUCGUAUUCUUUGAUGUUUAAAACCGCGUGUCCACGUGCUUACAGCUACGCUUACGAUGAUCAGAGUAGUACCUUCACAUGUGCCAAAUCUCCUAAUUACGUUAUCACGUUUUGCCCAACUCCUAACACCAGUCAGAAAUCAUCUCAAGAUCAGAGCUCAGAUCCGAAACAGACGACACCACCGGGAACAUCGUCGACAACUCCUGCCGGAGAUAGUAGUGCGACGUGGUCACCGGUAGAUACAUCGAUGAUAUACGAAGGAGCUUUGGAUCAGAGCAAAGGAACACCGUCCACGUGUCAUCUUUCGUUAUGUGGAAUCACAGUCACACUUGCGCUGGCCUUUUGUCGGAUGUGGCGGCUCUUUUGACACCUAACUUUGUCUCCCGCGUAAAAUCAAGACUAUGUGGGCCCUCACUGACUAAAGCCUUAUCUCGUUCCGGCCCAUGUGACCUUUUUACUUCCGAACGACGUCGGAUUGAGUCAGAGUUGAGAAAAAAGGUUAACAACACCCGAGAUUGACGAAAAUACCCUUCAUUCAUGGGAGAAUUCUUAUUUUGGGUGAGGAACACGUGGGAAAGAAAGUGGGCUGCUGGGUGGAGUUCAUAAAAGAUGGGAAUAUUUAUUUGAUUUUUAAUGUAACUAGGAUUAGAAGAGUGUUAAAAUCUAUAUAUAUUGGAAACAAUUGGGGGAAUAUUUCAUUUGUUUGUUGUCUGAUGAUGCUGUGGUGGCCAUUCGGAACAUUGAAAUGAAUAACACUAUUAUACAUUUGUUGGUCUUGUCUCAA